UCAAGAAUUUCAUAAAAAAGAUACAAAUCUUGUGUCUGUGGGUGUUCAAAAGUGUUUUUCAAAAGAGUCUUUAUUGUGUAGUAAAUGUUCAUUUGCAUUAAAGAAUAAAACCAAAGCGUAUCAUCAUAACAUGAAAGAGCAGCAUAAAGUCAUUCAAAAAAUUCUAAUAAAUUCACUUCUCUCGAAUAAACGACAAAUAAACGGAAAAAUACUCCAUAAUAAGAAAGAAAAGUUUCUCAAAGAUAUCAAUUCACCACAAUCGUCAUCAAAGUCAAAGACAAAAGAAGAAUCAACAGAUCACAAAUGUGAAUCAUCUUGGGAUAAUUUUAUACAGCCAUUCUUUAAAAAUAAAAGCAAAGUAAAAAGUGUGUCAACUACUAAGAACCUAAUAAAAUCCUUUGGCUUAAUACAAACAAAACUAUUAAGAGGCGAUGCUAUUUUAGACAAUGUUAAAUUACGAAAAUACGACAAGUAUGGGAAAUUAGUAAAGGACUGUGAUCAGGACUACACAAAUUCUUGUUCGUCUGGUGCUACGAGCAAUAAAAUACCUAAAAUAAAAUCAGAAAAAAAUGAAAAUAAAACAUUUGCAAACAAAAACAUGAACGUAAGUGUAGAAAUGAAGAAAAAAACACCGAAAUUGGGAAUGGGAGAUAAUACGAAAAAAAGGAUAACCAACUUAACUCCUAAGCCAAAUAUUGAUCCAAUAAGGUACCCUAAAAUUGUUAAUCCAUUGAGUGUUAUCAUACCAAUAGAACAAAAUCUAAACAAACGAAAGUUGAAGCGUAGAAAAUAUGUCCCUAAAAGUAGAGAUAGUACUCUAAAACCAAAAACAGGAAGUGAUGUCAUGAAGAGUGAUACUAAAAGUGUAUCUGGCGAUAAAAGAGUGAAAAGUACACCAAGUCCAACAAUUAAAAAAACUCAAGUAUUGCCACUUAAUGUCAUUCAUAAAAAAAGGAAUACAAAGAACAACAAGAUAGGAAAGGAUAACAAUUCAAAGAACAGCCAGAUAGGAAAUAAUAGCAAUACAAAGGACAAAGAAAGUGAACAACAGUUGGAUAAGAUAAUAACUCCUUAUAUAUCAAACACAAAAUUACAAAAUAAUAUUAUAAUCGAAAAAAUUGAAUCUGAUAAUUAUAAUAAGAAUAUAAACUGGAGAACUGAUAUUCGAAAAAGUAGACCGCGCAGUGCGGGACGAAAAGUGGAAUCUGUAAAAUCAUCAACACUUAAUAACCAUAUAACUGAAAACAAUAUUUACAGAAAUAUGUCCCUACGAAUAGCUGCAAGUCCUUACGAAAGAAAAAUUCAUCACUCAGGUCAAAUACAAAUCAAACCAGAAAUUAAAAUGGCAAGGUAUGGAAAAUAUAUAAAUGAAGUACUCGAUGGAAGAGAUAUUAUUGCAGAAUCUUCGCAAAUUAUAUGUAAGGUUUUUAAACAAAAAGGCUUAAAAUGA